CGAAGCGCAACUAGCAUGACCACAACACAUAAUUUGAGCCAACAUGGCGUCCUAACGUUAGAGUUUCCUGACAGUUGUACAUGCUGAUACUGGCUUCGAGACAAGCAUAAUCACAGGUUUCAAAACUCGGACAAGAUCCAAAGGAUGGCAAGGGUGGUGUUCCUCCAUCCAGACCUGGGUAUUGGUGGAGCUGAGCGUCUGGUGGUCGAUGCUGCUGUUGCUCUGAAGUCUAAAGGAUGCAGCGUUCAGAUAUGGACGGCCCAUUACGACCCAACCCACUGCUUCUCUGAGACGCUGGAUCCAGAUCUCCCUGUGGUAUGUGUGGGGGAUUGGCUACCCACAAAUGUGUUUGGUUACCUGCAUGCCCUGUGUGCCUACCUGAGGAUGAUCUUCGUCGCCCUCUACCUGGUCUUCCUCAGCGGGGUGGAGUACGAUGUCAUCUUCUGUGAUCAAGUGUCAGUGUGUAUCCCGGUGCUGCGACUGUCCCGUCACAGGAAGAAGGUUUUGUUUUACUGUCACUUCCCAGACCAGCUGCUGACCCAGAGGAAGUCGGCCCUGAAGAAGCUGUACCGUGCUCCCAUCGACUGGAUGGAGGAGCGCACCACUGGCAUGGCUGAUAUGAUUCUGGUAAACAGCAAGUUCACCGCAGGCAUCUUCAGCGAGACCUUUAGUGGUCUGAGAGGAGUUCAGACGGAUGUCCUCUAUCCCUCCCUCAACACAAGUACCUUUGACCAGCAGUCCACUGAAGCACGAGGCCUGGAAGGGCUUCUUCCCGAGGGGACCUCCUGCAUGUUUCUCUCUCUGAACCGAUACGAGAGGAAGAAGAAUCUGGGGCUGGCUCUGGAGGCUCUCUCCGCCCUGAGGAGCCUCCUUCCUGCAGGCCAGAGAGCGGGUGUUCACCUGGUGGUGGCUGGGGGCUACGAUGACAGAGUUACUGAGAAUGUUCAACAUUAUACUGAACUGAAAGAGCUGGCAGCGCAGCUCCACCUGGAGGACUGUGUCACUUUCCUGCGCUCCCCUUCUGAUUCAAUGAAGGUGGCACUGUUACGGGGCAGCGCAGCCGUGCUCUACACCCCGAGCAGAGAGCAUUUUGGGAUUGUUCCUGUAGAGGCCAUGUACUGCUGUUGCCCUGUUAUCGCGGUAAACUCUGGGGGCCCCCUGGAGAGCGUGGCAGACGGGGAGACAGGCUUCCUGUGUGAGCCCCUGGCCGAGGCCUUCUCUAAGGCCAUGGAGAAGCUGGUGAGAGGGCUUCAGCUCCGCAGGGACAUGGGACACGCCGGGAGGAGGAGGGUACAGGAGAAGUUCUCUCUUCAGGCCUUCUCAGACCAGCUGUAUGGGUACAUUGUCAAGCUGAGCCAGUGAUGGUAACGCAGAAGACAGGUUAAACAAACGAUCCUAAACUGAACUGUGAAUUGUCUGUGGUUCACUGGGGUCUGCAGUGAGGUGAAAUGAACAUCUUCUAAUAGAGGAUGUGUGUAGAUGUGCAGGGAGGUGGGAGUAUUAUCAGGACUCAGAGGAAAAUCAAUCAGCAUUCCCCUGGAGGGGUUGCUGAGAGGAAAAAAAGGGCGGAAUCUCUAUACCAAUUAAGACAAGAAUAACGAGUUUACCUAUAUCUCUGGAAGAAUACCACACCUGCAAGUGUGUAUGCGAGUGUGUGUGUGAUAUUGUACAUGUGUAGCAGCGACAGAACCAAGAGCCUAGCAAAUGAGCAUACCAAAAGGAUUGAUUGCUAGACAGAAAUGUUUUGUACUGUGUAUGUUUUUUUCCCCCUUGCUUUGAUACAGUAAUCUUUGUCUUUGUCUGUUUGGGUGAUGAAGAAAAAGAAUGUAGUUACCACCCUGUGCCAUCAGGCAGUGCACAGCCCCAGAUCGAUAAACGGGAUGCUUUCCUCCACUUCCUGUCCGCCCAGAGCUUUGUUCAACUCCUCGCAUUCAGAAAACGCUGGCCUGUUCUGACUCUGGCUGCUGUGUGGAAGUUAUUAGUGGAUGAUAGAGAGUGUUUGGCUUUAUUAGAGGUCUAGUUGAUGGGCAGUGGGACUUUGUCUGGGUCAUUAUCAACGAGGAGAAUAGCAGAAGGUCAUUGUGUCUCCAGCUGGCCUCUUCAGCCCUCCUACUGUAUAGAAAAGCUUGUAUUGACAUUCCUGAAGUCUUAAUAAACAAGAGGACACAUACUUUCCUGACUCUUAUGGGCUUUGCUUUGUUGCCAAGUUUGUUUGGCCUUUAAUAGACUUUGCUAGGAACAGAAAUGUUAAGGUUUUUUUCUCCUUUCGUUGAACACAUUUGAUUGUUCUUUGUUGGUAAAUGAAACAUUCUCAGACAAUGAAUCAGCUAAGGAGUUUUAUUUUCGCUCAUUAACAAAGUCAAUUUGAUAGAUGUACAUGGGAGGCGCCGCAGAACAUCUUAAGUUUCUGUCUCCGUCCGUUGCUGCAUUAUCAUGUUCAGAGUUUGAGACGUGUCCCCUUGUCCUCUUGUUCUUAAAGGGAGUUCCCAGCGGCACUUUGAUCUCUGUAAUGCGCUGAGUGCAGAUCCUGGUCUUCCUCAGAACACGGUCACCUUUGACUUUGGAACCAUUUGUUGAAGGAGGCUGCGGCAGGCUCUCUGUGUCAUGUUCUCAUCUUACAAUAACCAAGAAAUACAGUGAAAUAAAGGACAUUUCAGUACAAUAAA